UUCAGGAUGAAAAGUAUCAUCAAGCUUGGCUUUCUUGUUCGAACCAGUCUCUACGGAUUUCGAAUCAGCUGGAUGCAAUUCGACUCCGGUCAUCAUAUCCUUAUCCAACGCAGCUAGGAGGGUUUCCAUUCUCCCAUUACCGAAUUCCUUUUUAGCCCCAUCUUCCAAUUCAGGCAUCUUGGGUUCAGUAGAUUCAAGAGAGACGGAGAGAGGUGCGCGUCAAUUCAAAUUUGAACGGAAAUAGGAAUUGGCGGUGCAUAUAUAUUAGGGUUUUGGCCAAAACCCAGAGGGAGAGAGAGAUUUUACUGGGGCGUUUGGGGUUUUGGCGAGUAGCAGAGAGAUAUUGUUUCUAGCUUACUCCAAUUGCAAUUCCAAAACCCCCGCGAAGCAGCAGUGCUAGCCGAUCAUCAGUUAAUGUAGCAGGACAUAAGCGGCAGUGCUCACCAUCCCGCUUCUGAUGAUCACCCUCCUGCUAGUAUGUCUUAGGGAUUAAUUUUUCGCGUUCUGAUAAACUGAUCGACCAUCAUGUUCUUGGAUGGAAGAAGAUGUUGGAAGGUUCUUGGAAAGGAACAUGCGGAGGAAGAAACCAUUCUCAAAUUCUAUUCAUGCUGAGAAACCCAAAAAGUCCCAUAAGCUUUCGGAUUCAAAAGACAGGGUCUCGCCUUCAUCCCGACCAAAUCUCUGUAAAUUUUGUGGAAAAGGGUUUCCAUCGAUGAGAGCUUUGUGCGGACACAUGAGGUGCCACUCUAACAAAUACAGGGCCUCCAAUGGAUCAUCGAUUGGUUUAGAACAGAAGUGGGCUUUUUUCUUGUUGGCCAAUCCGACGGCCAGACUGCAGUUCCAAUUAGUAGAAAAUGUUUGAGGAGGGCAGGGUGCAGAAUCGCUGCAACACUUUCAGUUGAUUCUAAUAAUUCUUCAUCUAUUUCUGAGAUUGGCGAAGAAGAAGAAGAGGGAGCUAUGAGUUUGCUUAUGCUUUCUUGUGGAAUGGGCAAUGAGAGCAGGUUUAAAUCACUUACUGACUUAUUUGACAAUACUAAUGGCUAUGGAUUUGAUGAUGCUCUGUGUCUGAUGAUGUUUUCAAUGGGAAUGGGCAAUUGGGGUAGGUUUCUCAAGAAGGAAUAUGAAUCUACUGAACCCAAGCUACCUGAAUUGGAAGAUGGGACUAAAAAGGAAUUCGGUAAUGGGAGAAUGGAAACCCUCCUAGCUGUGUUGGAUAAGGAUAUGAUGACUGGAGUUGAAUUGCAUCCAGCUGAUUCGGAAUCCGUAGAGACUGGUUCGAGCAAGAUAGCCAAGCUUGAUGAUACUUUUCAUCCUGAAUUAAGGGGAAAUUUUUGCUGCAAGGCAAAAUAUGCUGCUUCUAAUUCUGAAAUGGUUGAUAAUCCACAGGAAGGAGGGAAUUACACAUGGUGGACCUUCCAUAAGGGCCUCCGUUCCCAGCGGCCGUUCAUGAGUCACAGGAAAAGCCACAAGACAGUUAAAACUUGCCCUGCUUCCGACACCCGUAGCUGUAGGCUGAAGAGCAAUGAGAAUUCAACUGAGCAACGAGUGGGUGAAAUGACUGUGGGAGGUUAUUACUUGGAGAACAGUGAGGGGCACCAGUGCUCAAUUUGCUUCAAGGUGUUCCAAUCAGGGCAAGCUUUGGGUGGUCACAAGAGGACUCAUUUUCUUGGGAAUUCUGAAACCACCGUGCAGCAGAUGGUAAGAAAUCAAGAGGUUUCCAAAGUUGGUGAAGUCUUUAAUCUUAAGAAAGAGGCCAAUGACCAUGUGGUGUUGAAGCACUGUUGGGCAGGAAGUAAUCUUGAUCACAAGCCACUGAUGGUUCUGAUCUCUAGCUGAAAAAAUCAGCUUUUGACGGCUGUAAAAAUAAAGCUGUCUAUAUGUAGAGUGAAAAUUUGCCUUUGCCGCAUAUAUCUUUUUGGGAGCAGCUAUUCUUAUAUUUCUAACCUACGUUGUGUUUGAUUUGGAAAAAUUUCCUUCACAAAAUUUAAUUCAGCAUUUCAUUUUGUAAUUGAAAUUUUGUCCCCUUACGUUGUAUCAUUGAUUCAUCCAACUAUUCAUGAGAAUAAAAGGCAGCAGUCUC